AUGGCACAUUGUGGUGACUUUAUUAAAAGUCAAUUCCCACUGAUAGAUGAAGAACUGAAGAAAUACGUUGAAGAUAUUUUGGACGGUAGUGCUGGUGAGUUUGAGGAUACGGAAGAGAUUUACGAAGCAGUCGGUGAAGUGCUGCAGGGUAUUUCCGAAAAAUCUGAAAAAGAUAUAAGAGAAAUAUGUGAGCAACUAUUGCAUAUGCUGCAGCCAGAUAAACCAGGCAACAGUAAUGGCCCUAGAAAAGUGCUGGAUGCACCAAUACAUUUAGCUUCUAUGACAACUACAAAUAAUGAAUCAGAUGAACUUAAAAGUAUAUGGAUACAGUCUAGAGAUGAGAAUUUGAAAGUAGAUGCAAAAAAAUUAGAGAAGGCUGAAGCAAAAUUACAACAGAAACAACAAAAGCAAAAAGAUGCCAAGGUACCAAUGUCGGCACCAAUUCUACAGACUGCAACAGCAUCACAAGUGACAUCUAAGAAGGAUAGCAAGUUAGAAGCUAAGGGAACAAAUAGAACACAAGAUAUUAGGAUAGAGAACUUUGACAUUGCUUAUGGUGACAGAGUGUUAUUACAAGGUGCCGACUUGGUGCUUGCGUGUGGUCGACGUUAUGGUCUCGUAGGACGAAAUGGACUUGGUAAAACUACACUUCUUAGGAUGAUCUCUGCAAAACAGUUAAAGAUACCUUCUCAUAUAUCAAUAUUGCAUGUAGAGCAAGAAGUUGUGGGUGAUGAUACAGUAGCACUACAAAGUGUGUUGGAAUGUGAUACUGUUAGGGAAAAUUUAUUGAAACGUGAAAAAGAAAUAACCUUGGCUAUAAAUAAUGGAUCAACAGACCCGAGUAUGUCGAAUGAAUUAUCUGAGAUUUACGCGCAAUUGGAGAAUAUUGAAUCAGACAAAGCACCUGCAAAAGCAUCUAUCAUCCUGAGUGGUUUAGGUUUCACUCCGGAGAUGCAAGCGCGGGCCACUAAGACAUUCUCUGGUGGUUGGAGGAUGAGACUGGCUCUCGCUAGAGCUCUGUUCUCAAAACCUGAUCUCUUACUAUUGGACGAGCCUACUAACAUGUUGGACAUUAAAGCAAUCAUCUGGUUAGAGAAUUACCUACAGAACUGGCCAACCACACUACUGGUUGUCUCUCACGAUCGAAACUUCUUAGACACAGUGCCCACAGAUAUAAUGCAUUUGCAUACACAAAGGAUAGACACUUAUAGAGGUAACUAUGAACAGUUCCACAAGACUAAAACAGAAAAACUAAAGAACCAACAACGAGAAUACGAGGCGCAGCAACAACACCGGGCUCACACCCAAGAGUUCAUUGAUCGCUUCAGAUAUAAUGCCAACCGUGCGUCUUCUGUACAGAGCAAGAUCAAAAUGCUUGAAAAGCUACCUGAAUUGAAACCAGUAGAAAAGGAAGUAGACGUUGUGUUACGAUUCCCAGAAACGGAACCGCUAUCACCCCCCAUACUACAGUUAAAUGAAGUUGGCUUCUACUACUCUAAGGACAGGGUGAUAUUCUCGAAUGUAAAUCUCGGAGCUACGUUGGAGUCUAGGAUAUGUAUUGUCGGAGACAAUGGUGCAGGUAAAACAACGUUAUUGAAAAUAAUUAUGGGCAUCCUUUCGCCCACCAGUGGCAUUCGCAGCGUGCACAGAGGACUUAAGUUCGGCUAUUUCUCACAACAUCACGUGGAUCAAUUAGAAAUGAAUGUCAAUUCAGUUGAACUGUUACAAAAAAGUUAUCCAGGUAAAACAGUGGAAGAAUAUAGGAGACAGCUGGGUAGUUUCGGUGUGAGCGGUGACCUUGCUCUACAGACCAUUGGAAGUCUUUCUGGAGGUCAAAAGUCAAGGGUUGCUUUUGCUAGAAUGUGUAUGGGUAAUCCAAACUUUCUCGUACUUGACGAACCUACCAAUCAUUUGGACAUAGAAACGAUUGAAGCAUUGGGGAAAGGCAUUACUAAAUACACGGGUGGUGUCAUCCUGGUAUCCCACGACGAAAGGUUAAUACGAAUGGUGUGCAAGGAGCUCUGGGUGUGCGGUAACGGUGACGUCAUGAGUAUAGAAGGUGGUUUUGACGAGUACCGUAAGAUUGUCGAGAGAGAACUUGAAGCACAAAAUAAUAAGUAG